AUGAAGCCAAAAUCAAGUGUCAUUUGGAAUUAUUUCAAUGAAGUUUCUGGGAAUACGGCAAAGUGUAAACUAUGUCAGAAGAUAUAUUCACGAAAGGGAGGUACGACUACUUCGUUAAAAAGUCACUUAAAGUUUGUGCAUACCACUGAAUUCGAAGAAUUCGCAAAAUUAGAAACUGAAAAGAAAGAUACAGUGCAGCCUUCGACUUCAACGCCUGUACAAGAGGUAAGAAAACAAAUUACUCUCAAAGACACUUUGAUGAAGAAUCAAAAAUGGUGUAGUUCUAACCCUAAAUCAAUCGAAAUAGACAAAUUGAUUUCUGAAAUGAUUUCUUUGCAAGAUCUCCCCUUCACUUUCGUGAAAGGUAUUGGAUUCAGACGGCUUACGCAUUUCAUAGCGCCGAAUUAUCAGUUAAGGGGAAGACAUUUUUUUUGUUGA